AUGAAAGCGAAUGGCCUACUUGCGGUUGCUGCGGCAAACGGAUCUUCGGACAAUUCAGGUAUUAUCACUUCUCUUACCUUAAAGUAUUACUACAAGCGAUCUGUGCCGGAGACCCAUUGCGCGAAUUCAUAUGUGGACCUCUUCCAGUUACAAGCUCCUUCUCGUAGAGCUCUGGAGGAUGCGCUAGCGUCCAAAAGGUGGCUGUGUUUGGCGGCUGUGUCCCCCGACCCCGCGCAACCCCCCGGUCGUCAGGAGUAUAUGGCCGGAUUCGUCAUGUCGGUUGUGGCCACAGUGGAAGACUUCCAUACGGACUUGAACUACUACAGCGGAGGAGCUGAACCUGGCGGCAGUAGCGGCGGUGGCGGCGGUGGCGGCAGUAGCGGCGGUGGUGUGGGUGUUCAAGCUGUUGGCUUGGAGCUGGUGGACCUGCCUUUGCGGGAGCGGGCCGUCAACAUUUGCGUCUUGGGUGUACUGCCGUCGUACCGCCAUCGUGGCCUAGCGCGCCUCAUGCUUCGACAAGUUGUGGACAGCGCCAGGACUGCAAGAACAGCCGGCGGCGAUGCCGUACUGCUGGUUUUGCCGCUGACGGAAGCUGCAGCAGCGGCGGUGAAAGUAGCCGCAGCGGCGGCGAAGGACCUGGUUGAAGCGGCGGUGGCGGCAGCAUGCAGCAGAGCUACCGUCGUUCCCGUCGCCGGUGGCAGCGAUGGCACGGUACAGAGCGGGGCGUUACCAGCAUCAAGUACUGUUGCCGCCGCCGCCGCCGCCGCGCCAGAUACUUCUUCUUCCUCGUCCACACGUACCUCCGGCACCGGAAGCCGCGACACCGGAAGCCGCUUUGUGGGCCGCGGCCCCUUCGCUGACGGAGUCACCUCCUCGUACACCAACCGCUCAACCACCUCGACAACUACCCCAACGACUAUCCCCAACGGCCCCGCAGCCGUCGCCCCAACCACAACCAGCGGUGAAGGUGGCGCUGACGGAGCCGGGGGGGCCGGGGCUGGCGGCGAUGCCACAAGCGGCCGAAAAGCCGGCGUCGGCGGCCUGUUGGGCAUCCUGGCGGCAGCGGCGGCGAGUGCCGUCGACGGCUUGACGGGGCUGCUGCCGGGCGGAGCCCGCCAGGGAGGGCGAGGCGGCGGCGGUGGCGGCGGGGCGAUUCCGACGGGUCGAGAGGUGCAGCUCGGCGGCGAGGUACUGCUGGAGGAGCGCGGUACGGACGGCGAAGUGUACUUGCGUGGGCAGGAGGGCGGGGCGGAAGGAGCUGGGGACGAAAGGGUUUGCAGCCUAGAGGACGUCGCGGCGACGGUUGCUUCUGUACCGAGCACUAGUGCCGCCGCUGCCGCCGCCGCCUUCGCCGGUGCAGUGGAUGCGGACAGGAAAGGGGAAGGCGUCAGCACUGGCGGCGGCGGCGGUGGCGGUGGGGUGACGGCGGCGGGGCUAACAGAGCAGGACGCCGCGCGUGGUGACGGCGGGGCGGGGCAACAGGAAUCUCAAGAACAGGAACAGCAACAGCAACAACUACAACAGGAUCAGCAACAGGAUCAUCAUCAUCAUCAGCAGCAGCAGCAGGCCACCACUACGUGCCGUGUAUUAGGGGGCCCCGCUGGGUUGAAUAGCGGCACGAGGAGGAUGUGGUUGGCGGUGCCGCCGCAGGGACCAGCGUCAGCCGGGACAGGGGCGUGGCCCGCAGUUGUGUGUGGUGGCAGGGGUGCGGCAGGGGCGCGCGCGGGCGGGGGCAGCCUUGUUUGGGGGCCCUUCGGAGCGCGAGGUGGGCAGCGGGAGCAGCAGGGGCGAGGGGAGCGGCGGCGACUGUUCGCGGUGCGAGCCGGGGCCGCUGCUGGGUUCGGGCGGCUGAGGGUGGCAAGGGGAUCGGCAGGUUUGGGAGCUGCGCAAAGACGCGGCGGCUUGCUGCGGGUAGUGCUGUAG